CCCUUCACCGAAUCGAUAAUCACAAUCAAGUUCAAAGGGAGCGCCUGACAACGUUCAUCGGCAAUGUUCACGUCCUUGCGCGCCACACCACCUUCUUUCUCAAGUACUACCUUGCUGAUCAUCCUCUACACGGUUUCCCGGACAUCACCGACAAGCACAUCAGUGUGAUAUUCUGCAAUGUCACGGAUUCGCCCCCAUACGCAUGCGAUAUUGCCAACAGACCGCAGCGUACACAGCUCAGAGCAUCUUCACCAACCUCAAAGUUAACGUACAAGAGCAUUUUAUGCAAAUGUUUCUGGGCUACGUUAACGAAAGGAUUGGUUUGAAGCGAGUCGUACUGCAUCUCCAUAGAGCCAGAGCCAACCGAGCGCAGCGGAGACAGUAUUAUCAGCGGGUCCAUCAAUUUACAAAAUUUGCGACGUUUGAAGAGUUUCCAACCGAAGAAGAGUUUGCGCGCCUCACACGACUUGAGCGGACUGUCCUCGACGAGCUAUGGGCUCUGUUUCCUCCCCAGGAUGAGCCGCUUGCGUACAGCCUUGCGGUGGACGCAAUGCCAUAUUUAGGUGCCUAUUGUGAGCUCUCACGCCUCUAUGAGCGCCGUGGAAUGUGGCUGUUUUCCGCUAUCCCGCUGCGCAAAUCUCGUAUCCAGUCAUCUGUUCGGAUCGACACGCUGAUCCUAGCCAUUCAUAUCCUGGGUUUGAGCCAACGUCGCAUGGGGAAAUUCACCGAUGAACGCAAGCGGGAGCUGUGGGGGCAGUUUCUCAAUGUGAAUGACAAAGUCUUCAAGCAUCGAAAGAAGCUUGGUCUUAAAUUUAAUGGAUCAAUCAGCACAAACGGGUAUUCCGCUACCAUCCACUUCAAGAAGCCAGGGCUCAAGUAUAGGCAUCGGGCCCGGAAGCGCAGAAAGGCCCAAAUGCGGGAAGAAGUCAAGCAGCUGUAUUUUGAGCAUCACAUCGCCGAACUACGGGAGGAUCCAAACAUCGUCAGGAUUGAUCCGGGCAAGAGUGACCUCUUGUUCUGUCGAGACAUCAAGAAGGAGCGGCCAUUUCGAUACACAUCCAAUCAACGGGCGGUCGAGACAAAGUCUCGGUACUUUCAAAGAGACAUGACAGAGCAAAAGAUCAAUGCCGGCAUCGCUGAGAUGGAAUCGCGUAUUCCGUCGUACAAGAGCAUGAACAUCGAGGAGUUCUCAGCGUUCAUUGUGGAUUACGAACAUGCGGAUCCCGCCCUGGACGAGUUUUACCAGGAUGAGAUUCACGUGGCUCGCAGAUUCAAGGCGUUCUCACUGCGGCAAAAGUCUGAGAGCAAGCUCAUCAAGAACAUGCGACGCCUGUAUGGAAAGCAUUUUUCGGUCAUUUUGGGUGAUUGGAGCGACGCUGGAAAAACCAUGCGCUUUCAGGAGUCAUCAAAGACCAAAGGAUUCCGCACACUCUUUGCAAGAAACAGCAUUCCAUGCUACUUGCUAGAUGAGUAUCGAACGUCUUCCGUGUGCCCAGACUGCCACGGGCGUGUGAAGAAAAACAUCCGACGCCGGCUGUCGUCUCGGCUGUGGCAAGCUAGAAAGGGAAGAAUGGAAUUCGUCCAUGGAUUGGUGGGUUGCCCCAACCCCGAAUGUAUCAACCAAGACUGGACGCCAUUUGAGAUUCCUGGGAGACAACCACUACGGAUGAAAGUGCACAAUCGGGACGUCCUAAGCACCAAGACUUUCCUCUCGAUUGUGCGCUCGGUGGUGUUUGGCAAUGGCCGCCGACCAGACGCAUUCUCCCGUAACCGGUAGUCUAGAUUUCACCCCAUCCCAUUUUCCAUGGUGGUUAUCUGCCAUCCACAUCAUUGUACCUCUGCCUGAGGCGUCGCCGAUGAUGGGAACU